AUGAGCAUCCGCGAAGAGAAUGCAUAUCCCAGCUUCCUUCCAUUUGCCGUGCCCCUCUAUAAUUCCACUUUCUCGCCUGAAACUCCUUACAUGAACACCAGUCAAUUGCUACCGACGGAAGAGCCUCUUUUGCCCGCCCUCACUCGCUACUACGCCCAGCUCGGCAAUAUUACGACACUGUACCCGUUGAUUCACAAUGCGACUCCCCCUAUCGAUGAGACCAUAGGUGUCGAUACCGUUACUAAUUUUCUUCAGUCUAUCUUGGACGAGGACAUGCGGAAUCGGAUUGUCGCUGCAACUCCGCCUAAAGUCUUCGGCAGGCUGGAAGAACUAUUCUGGGGAACGGCUGUGCGAGUUUGGAGGUCCUGGGUGGACUCCUGGAGGGACCUCAAAGAGACCCCACCCCAAGGAUGGGGUUGGAAACGAGAGGAAUCAGAAGGAAUUCAGAAAGUUUACAACGAGUUUGCUUCUUGGGCAUACGACGCGCCAUUCUCCGUGUACGACCUCCUGUUCAACACUACAAUUUUAUAUUCGUUUCCCAUUUUGGCAGCUCGAGGAGAUGCAAUCGCACGUCGGGACGAGGUGUUGGCCCGCGACAUGGAGAAACAAGCUCUUUUUUAUGCCCCGAUUUUUUACAGUUCAAUGAGUGUCAUGCAGCAUAUCGAGUAUUUCAAGAAGUUGCUGUUUACUAGGAUUGAUGCAGCCAUUCAACCGGCAACAACAACAGCACAAGCUGCACGACAGUUUGUAGCCACCAUUCCCAGCGCGGGAAACAUCGCUUAUGGAUUGCUUCAGGUAUGCGCUUUGAACCCGGAAUGCUGUCGUGCGCCGAGUCGAUGCUUCCCGACCACACAGGAAAACCGCUUCAGAAACAUUAAUCUCAAGAUGGGAAUCUCUGGAACGUAA